AUGCCCGCGCGCGCCGGACACCUCCUCCCGCCUCGGCCUCGGGCCCUGGUCCCGGCCCUGCCGCCGCCGCCGCCGCCGCUGCUGCUGCUGCUGCUGCUGCUGCUGGGCGCCGGCGGCGGGCGGGGGGGCGCCCGGGCCCGGGGGCCGGGUGUGGCGGCGGACGAGGCCCCCGCGGCCGGCGGCGGGGACGGGCAGGACCCGCACGCCAAGCACCUGUACACGGCCGACAUGUUCGCGCACGGCAUCCAGAGCGCCGCGCACUUCGUCAUGUUCUUCGCGCCCUGGUGUGGACACUGCCAGCGGCUACAGCCAACCUGGAACGACCUGGGAGACAAGUACAACAGCAUGGAGGACGCCAAGGUGUACGUGGCCAAGGUCGACUGCACCGCAGACUCGGACCUGUGCUCCGCCCAGGGCGUGCGCGGCUACCCCACCUUGAAGUUCUUCAAACCUGGUCAAGAAGCUGUGAAGUACCAGGGUCCCCGGGAUUUCCAGGCCCUGGAAAACUGGAUGCUGCAGACGCUGAAUGAGAAGCUCCCCACUCCAGAGCCCACGGAGGAACCGCCCCGCACCCCCGAGCCCAAGCAGGGCCUGUAUGAGCUCUCGGCCGGCAACUUCGAGCUGCAUGUGGCGCAAGGAGACCACUUCAUCAAGUUCUUCGCCCCGUGGUGUGGUCACUGCAAAGCUCUGGCUCCGACCUGGGAGCAGCUGGCUCUGGGCCUUGAACAUUCCGAAACUGUCAAGAUUGGCAAGGUGGACUGCACGCAGCACUACGAACUCUGCUCAGGAAACCAAGUCCGAGGUUAUCCUACGCUCCUCUGGUUCCGAGAUGGCAAAAAGGUGGACCAGUACAAGGGCAAGCGGGACCUGGACUCACUGCGGGAGCACGUGGAGUCACAGCUGCGGGGCGUGGGGCGGGCCGCCCCGGAGCCCGCCCAGCCCUCGGAGGCCCCGGCGCUGGCCGCCGAGCCCGCGGCCGAGCAGGGCACCGUGUUGGCGCUGACGGAGAGGAACUUCGAUGACGCCGUCGCAGAAGGCAUAACCUUCAUCAAGUUUUAUGCUCCAUGGUGCGGGCACUGCAAGGACCUGGCCCCAACCUGGGAGGAGCUCUCCAAGAAGGAAUUCCCCGGCUUGGCGGAGGUCACCAUCGCCGAGGUGGACUGCACUGCCGAACGCAGCCUCUGCGGCAAGUACUCGGUACGAGGCUAUCCCACACUGCUGCUCUUCCGAGGAGGAGAAAAGGUCAGCGAGCACAGCGGGGGCCGCGACCUGGAUUCCUUGCACCGCUUCGUCCUGCGUCAGGCGAAGGAUGAGCUGUGA